GCAAACCCAGUACCAAUCUGUCAAAGCGCGACACAGCCACGCCGUGCGCCUCUCCCUGUUUAUUCCUCGUGUUUCUGACUGCCUGCUCGUGUUUACAUGGAGCAUGCAACGGUUUUUGAAAAUUAUGUCACAAGGAGAGGGGUUUCAUGGGGUACGGUUGAGCAUGGGCGCUGGUAGGCACCGUUAGAAACAAGGCAGGGCGCAUGACGACUAUCCUAACGGAGUGAUGUGAUAACGGCAGCACUACAGAAUGAAGAGAGAGAGAGAGAUAGAGAUAGAGGGAAUAGGAGAGAGACAAAAAAACCCUCGACAAUAAAGUUGGGGUAAAAAAAAAAAAAAAAACAGUUUGUUAUGUGCCCAGGGCUCUGUCUCUGUGUGUGCGUCCAUGUGUAUUGGAUGUGCAGUGGGAUUCGGCUAUCGCAGUGUUCAUAUUGAAAAUCUCGAGCAGGCAAACAUUCCCAGUUCCCUAAUGCCUGUGCAUCCACUUAAUAUGCAUUUUGAUAAAUUAUGCAGGAGCGCCUUUGUUGCAAACCCUGCAGAAAUCAGGCGGCCAAAUCCCACUGUUGUUCUUCUCGGUUCCUUCGAUACCCUGCCCGCUAAACGACGCUUUUCGGUGGAUAUUCGUUGCAUCGAGGAAAAGCUAGCCCUGAUUUGUCUUGAAUUUCGUUACUCCCUGGCUCCCUUUCUCCCCGUUUUUCCCACUAAAAUUGGCUCAUCAGCUCUUCUGCUAAGAGCUGCCUCCUCCCUUUGUUCUGAGAGCUCAGCGUGGCUAGCGGCGGGGGCUGGAGCACCCUUCACUUUGUAGGUAACUUUAGGUUAGUCCAGUUAGGCUCCGGGUCGCCGACGAGCUAUCGGUACCGAAAAUCUUUCAAAAACUACCCGCGUGGCGUUCAAAACAAGGCCGGGGCGACAGGGAUGGACGCGAGCCAACGCCGUGCUUCCUACCUAUAAUCUGGAAGCUGCAUUCUCGCAUAAAAUCAAGUGGUGAUAAAGGACAUUAUAUCGGUCAGCUUCCAAGAGGCCGUUGGAAAGAGACCGUCACGUGACACCUGGUGCCAAUGUUCUUCCAGAAGGUCGUCAGGACCCUGGUAGCCGGUAACACGACUUUUGGAAAUGCAGAAAACGACCUACUACGACAACUCGACGCUUUAUGGAGGUUAUUCGUAUCAAGGGGCCAAUGGCUUCGGCUAUGAUGCCCCUCAACCGGCCUUCCAGUCCUCAGCACACCUCGAUGGCGACUAUCAGAGGUCUGCCUGCUCGCUGCAGUCUCUUGGCAACAACGCCAAUCAGCAGCACACCAAGACGAAGGAGCUAAACGGGAGCUGCAUGCGCCCCAGUGUACCACCUGAGCACCACCCGCCCCCCCAGGUCUCCCCUCCCCAGAACCCCGUCAACUCCUCCACCUCUACCACAGCGCAGCAGCCGGCCAGCAGUGGAGGCAACGGUGGGGGAGCAGCUAAAAGCACCCCCAAGUCGUCCUCUCUGCCCCCGAAUCCAACCAUCAGCAAGCACAUAUUCCCGUGGAUGAAAGAGUCGAGGCAGAACACCAAGCAAAAAAACAGCUCUCCCAGUGCAAGUUCAGCUAACGAGAGCAGCGGCGGUGAAAAAAGCCCCCCGGGUUCGGCCGCCUCCAAGAGAGCGCGCACCGCGUACACGAGCGCACAGCUCGUGGAGCUGGAGAAGGAGUUCCACUUCAACCGUUACCUUUGCCGACCACGCCGCGUGGAGAUGGCGAACCUGCUCAACCUCAGCGAGCGGCAGAUCAAAAUUUGGUUCCAGAACCGGCGUAUGAAGUACAAGAAAGAUCAGAAAUCGAAAGGCAUGGGCUCUUCCUCUGGCGGACCGUCCCCCACCGGAAGCCCACCCCUCCCCAUGCAGUCCUCUGCAGGCUUCAUGAACUCCAUGCACUCGAUGGCAGGCAGCUAUGACGCCCCCUCUCCGCCAUCUUUCAAUAAGCCCCAUCAAAACGCGUAUGCCAUGUCUUCAGCCUACCAAAACCCCAUGAAAAGCUGCCCCUCGCAACAAAAAUAUGCCAACACAGCGCCAGAGUACGACCCACACGGGCUACAGGGUAACAGCAGCUACGGAACUCCCAACAUGCAGGGCAGUCCUGUGUACGUUGGAGGGAACUACGUAGAUGGGAUGCCCACCACCGGGCCAUCCAUGUACGGUCUCAAUCACCUGCCACACCACCAGUCGGGCAACAUGGACUACAACGGUGCCACGCAGAUGUCAGCGAGCCAGCAUCAUGGACCGUGUGACCCCCAUCCAACUUACACGGAUCUGUCAGCUCACCAUCCUUCUCAGGGUAGAAUCCAGGAAGCACCCAAGUUAACGCAUCUGUAGCAGGUUUGGAAUAAGUGAAUCGAAUAAAUAAAAAAAAAACACUAACCCAUGGGACGAUGCAAUGGGGUUGGAAAAGAUGAUCCAGUGGUUUCUUGCGUGUUCAUAGACCGUUGUAUUGAUGUUGUCUCUCCAUCAAGUGUAAGACCAUUUGUCAUAAUAGUUUACAUUGGUGUUUAUUUCACACAGAUCCCCCUGUUCUACUGCGUGCCCAGUGAGGAAUUGGUGAAUAUAAUGAUUAGGUGAUAUAAUGGAUGUGUUGUACGGAAAAUUAACUACCGUGUGACCUCUUGUGACUCGCGUUGCAUCACCGUAACUAUUUGUGUACCUAGUCAGCAUUAAAAAACCAAUGCUGACGUCAUGGCAGUCCACGCAUAGUCUAUGGAUAGCCUAACUCCCCCAGUAUGCAGAGCUAAGAAAGCAGUAUGCUACAUGGAAUUGGUGCAGGCAAACCACUGGAUUGUUUUGGUUCUCUUCCCUUUAUUUCACAUUACCUCUUUUUUGAAACGUCUCACUAACAUGUUAUUUUUUGAAUCGGCUCUGGUUAAAUAACAAAUCACCAAGCGACUGUUUGCUGCUCGCUUAGGAAAAACAAAGUAGUGUACCUCCCUUUUGUACUGGGUUAUAGGGUUAUAUGCUGUCCUGUAAAAGUUGUGCUACCAACUUCCAUGGGCAAUGCACCGAAAAGAUAUUGUUAUUUGUUGUGUCAUCGGAACAGGGUAAAAAAAAGAGUUGAGAACUUAUGUAGUACACAGGCAUACCCCCCCCCCCUCUUCCUCUCAACUCGGUGUAACCCCUCCCUCCCCCAACCACCCCCUCCAAUCUUUAGGGUUCACUUACAUUAGCCACCACUAAUGCGAAAAGCCCACAUUUUCUCAUGUCUUGACUUAACGUGGAAACAGGGUAUAUUUGAACAAAAUGCAUGUCCGGGAAAGCAGAGAGCGGUAGACGGCUCAGUUUACGCUAAUGCUCUCUUGGCUGGGCAUCAUUGUUGCACUUAGAGUUUACAUUUUGAUGGGUAAGGAAAAAUAAAUCUUAUUUUGAAAUGGAAGACCUCCAAUCAGCGUCUUUCGGUAUGUGUGUUCAAGUGAACAUUCAUAAAUAUAUAUUUAUUUGUUAUAGCCAGUUUAAAUACAUUCUUUUUCUAUUAUUUAUCCCCCCAUGUAUUUAUAUCAAGAAAAAAAUGUACUUUUUUAGUAUUUACCUGUUAUAAAGACGUUGUGUUCUUGUCAUUGUAACAAAUUAAUUUUAGUUGUUGUAUUUUAGAGACGAGUAGUUUAUGUUACCCUUGUACAUAAAUUAUGUCUUGACUUGUACAGGGGGCGAGGAAGCGGAAUCAACCGUUCCUGCAUAGUCGAGAAUUAGACGAAGUAUAGAACACUUUUUUGAGAACUUCUUUUGUCCUUUGUAGCUACUUUUCUUUCUCUUGGUAAGAGUUGUCUGUUGAGCAAUUCUUUAAUAAAAUGUUAUGUUAUUCA